AGUGAUAUUCGCUCACUGUCCAUAACACACUGGGGCUCAGAGUUGGGGCUCAGUGUGCUUAAUGGUUUGGCUGAGUUGUAUACAUCAUUAGUCUGGGAGAGCACCCUCCUGCUGGCGCUCUGCAGUGAUGAUAUCAUUCCUCCGGGCUGCAAGUUUGGCAGAGAGGAUAUGGAAAAACUCUUCCCAUCAGAAAUUAGGGGAGACUCACAUCCAUCAUACAGUGCCAUGGAUGCCUCAAGUUCAGAGACCGCAAUGGAGGUGGACUCUGAGGCCAGUAAUCGCACUCUUCCUACAGCUUUGCAGUUGAAGUAUAUCAAGCCUUUAUUGGGAGCCUCGUCAAGGCUGGGACGGGCCUUGGCAGAAUUAUUUGGGUUGCUAGUUAAGCUUUGUGUUGGGUCACCAAUCCGAGCACGAAGAGGUCAGCAAGUACCGAAUCCUCCAGCCCUUCCAACACCAGCGGCACGGGCAGUAGCCACUGCUCUGAACGUCUUGUUAGCUAAUGGCCUUAACUGGACCAGGCUGCCCCACACAACAAUUCCAAAGUUCAAGUUAACAUUCCUGAUUUGCUCUGUUGGAUUUACAUCUCCCAUGCUGUUUGAUGAGAAGAAGUAUCCAUAUCAUUUAAUGUUGCAGAAGUUUGUUCAUUUAAGAGGUCAGCAUGCCUUUUUUGAUACAUUCCAUUGGGCUCUGUCAAAUGGUUUGACCCUGAAUGUUGAGGAGGGUCUUGAACAUCCAGACUUGAUUGAUGGUACUGGUGAAUUCCUUGAUGCUUGGUUGAUGCUCCUUGAAAAGAUGGUCAAUCCAAAGGCGAUCCUUGACUCACCGCACACUAUCACAAUGAAGCAUGGUGCGAUCAACAAGCCUUUCGAUCCACUGAAGUACCUCAUGACAAUUCAUAAACUUGCCUUUGAUGCAGUGAUGUUGAUAUGGGGCAGGAAGCCAUUGAAAUCAUAUGGAGCACGUAUGUCAGAGUCAAUGCUGGCCAUCUUGCGGCACAUUCUUCGUGGGGAGAAAGUCAUAGCUGAACGACUUGGCAAAGAGAAAGAGAUUGCUCUUAUGGUUCAUGGAGGAGCGGAAGGCAGCAGCAACAGUUCCAAUAACAGCAGCUCAUGCGCUGGCCCUACCACCGUCACACCUGCCCAGCGUCGGCCACGCAGUGACAGUUCUGAACCCGAUGUGAAUGGGGAGUGGCUCCUGCAGCUCAUGGACAUGGGUUUCAGUAGAGAGCACUGUGUGGAGGCUCUGCUCCAUACACCUAAUGUUGAGCAAGCCACUGACUAUUUGUUGAGCAAUCCAUCACCUUUUGUUUGUACAACACAGACUGUGUCCAUGGAACUUGACUUAACUGAGGAGGACCAAAUGCUACGAGCCAUAGCUAUGUCUUUGGGAGAGAAAAUAAUGGCUGACUGUGACCGCAAGGAUGCCACAAAGCACAAGCAAGUGAAAGAGGAAUUUGAAACACAGGUUCUCAGCAAGGAGGCCAUUGACAAAUUCACCAUGACUGCUUUAGCAGCUUGCCUAAACCUUAUUGACACCCUGCCGGACACAGUGUAUCGAGUGUGCGACCUGCUCAUCGCUAUCACAAAACGCAACGGCGAGGUGUGGCGUGAUGAAAUGUUGGAUACUCUAGUAGCAGAUAUUUCUGACAAAGCCAAAUACCUGUUGGAAAUUAUGCGGACAGGAGAGAGCCCCAGCCAGAUCGUGUCUGAGUUGAUGAAUUCAAAUGCUGCUCUGAAAAUUACAGGGCGAAUUCAUCUGUUCACUUUGCUGUUUGAGGGUCCUGUCUUUCAGGAGAUGCGUGUGCCUUGUGCUCAAGUCGUGCAAAGGUCCCAUAUUCUGCCGUCACUUGUCCAGCUCUUGGUACAGGGCCAGGAAGCCCUCACAGCUUGUGGUGAGGUUGUGACACCCAAGUGGCUUGCACCCCUCUUGCUACUCAUCGACUUGCUUGAGAAAGUGGCAAUGUGCACACAAAGACGAGACAGAAUGUACAAGGUUACAAAUCGCAUCUGGAGGUGGUUUGAUUUGACAUCUGGCAAGUGGACCACUUACUCAUCUAGCAACAACAAGCUAAUCAAUGAUGCGUACUGGAAUGGUGACAGCAUGGUGCGGGUCACCUGUGGCCGCAGGAGAUACAUGAUUCAAUUUGGAGCCAUGAGCCAGGUGAAUGAGGAGACUGCAAACCGCCGACCUGUUACAAUGUCGUUACUAGAACGAGAGAGAGCAGAAGGUAGGGAUCAUGCCCCUAAAGAUAAGAACUAUGAAAAGGAAAAGGUUGAGAAGAUGGAAGUUGAAGAUCCAAGUGGGUCAGAAGAAAGAGAGAGAAAGAGGAAUGUUGUAGUUCAAGGACUGGAAAGGUGUGACACAUCAGUUAUUGUCAGAGCUUGUGUGGGACUGUUGGCCAUUCCUGUGGAUCGAGACACACUUCAUGCAGUAAUGAGGGUCUGUCUGCGGUUGACACGCAACUUUGAAAAUGCAAUGAUAUUUGGCGGAUUGGGUGGUGUGCGGCUGCUUCUGAACUUGACUCAGGCCUCGUCAUUCACCGGGUUCCUCAGUCUCUCCACGCUGUUGAUUCGUCAUGUAAUGGAAGAGCCACGCACUCUGCGUCAUGCGAUGGAGAAGGUGCUGAGGACAAGAACACUGCCCAACAUUCCCCCUCCUUACAAGGAACUUCUGUACUUGCUUCGAAACUCUCCUCCUAUUGUCACCAGAGAUCCUGAGACUUUCCUGGAGGUGGCUCGCUCUGUUCUUCGUGUAGACCUGAACAUUCUUUCAAAAAGAAACGAGGAAGAGGACACUCGGCUACUAUUGAAGACGCUUCCAACAAAGCACACACCGGCGCUGCCUAUGCAGGAGGAGGUGUCCACUACUGUAGUUUAUGACUUACUGAAUUGUCUGAUUAGACCAACACCUAGUGAGGAUUCAUCUGUAGCUUCCUCUGUUGGUCUGAAUACUGUGUUGCCAGGACCCUCAACAGAUUCAGGGAGUGACUUAUCAGGCAGAACAAGUCUGGUGGUUGGUAGCACUGCAUCUGGUUCAGCAUCGUGCUCUAGCAUGGCCAUCAGUGACAGUAGUUCCCUUCAGCUUGUAGGGCAUGCCCAGAGAGCUUCAACUGCUGUGCAGCAAAGCUUGCGGCAGGAACUGCUUCGCAAUUCCAGUUCCAGUGACCUUCUGCAUCAUGAAGUGGAUGACAGGACACAGGAGCUGGAUAUGAAGAAAGUAAAGGAGGAUUUGGUGACUUACGCAAAAGUGAACGAGGAAGAGAAGAAAAGACCUUUACUACCAAAGAGUGCAAUACUUAAGAUUCUUGCAGAAGCCGUGAGAUCGUACUCUGGUUGUGCGAAACUCAUAACUGAUCAUUCGUACUGUGCAGGUCAAAGUGAGAUGGUAACUGAGGAUUGCUCUGCACUUGCUUUCAUGUUGGAUAAACUGUUGCCAGUGAAUGACAACCCUGCGGAUCGGGAGUGUUCAUCGAUGGCGAGAAUGCUUAUUGCAGCUUUGGCCUCGUGCAAUCAUUCCCCAGAUGCCCAGACUGUCCUAGUUACAGAGGUUAAGGGCGCGUUGCUUCGGACAUUAGCGCUCCCUGAGUCAGCUGACAAACAUACUCAGAUUCAGCUGUUAGCAGGUCUUAUCUCAACAAUGAUAGAUAACUGCCCAUCAACACCUAACAACACCCCUCUUAGUGCAUCUUUGAAGCUUCAUCAGUACAGUAGUCACAUGAACAACAUAGUGCGGAUCAUGCUCAGGAGAGGGAUCCUCACUGACUUGGCACGAGUUUCACACUAUUUAGACCUGUCGAGUCCGAACAUGCCAGCAUCUGUCAACGCCGCUUUGAAGCCGCUGGAGACAUUAUCUCGAAUAGUGAACCAGCCAAGUACGACGAGUAACAACAAGGUCGGCAAACAGAAAGCUCAAGGAAGUGUAUCCGAGGAACCAGCUGGUGAUCAUACAGGUCGGGAUAUACUGACGGGCACGACUACGUCAGAAGCCACUCAUGCACAAGGGGAGGAGACAGUGGAAGAUGCAGAAAACACAGAGCAUGACAUAUCAGCUGCAGCUGAGAGCCUGGAACCAACAUCUGAUUGUCAGGUUCAGGAGGGAGCUGAUGAUGUAGCUGGUUUGGAAGACAUUAUGCAGCAGUUACUGGACCGGGAAGGUGGCUCCAGUGACGACAAUAUAUUGGAUUCUACUUUCAAUUUGGAGCGUGAGGGUCCACCUGCUCAAGUUGAAAAUGAAUGUCCUGUAAGAAGUCAGAGCAACCCGGCAUUUGAGCAUGAGGAGGAUGACACGCAGGAUGCAGAUGGUGCUGAAAGCAGCGAGUCAGAUUCUGACACAAAUCCGUCUGAAGAAAUACCAAACGUGGAGGAUGAUGAUGAUGACGACGACGAUGACGAUGAUGACGAAGAUGACGACGACGAUGAUGGUGACAAUGAGGAUGACGAGGAAGGGGGUUCAGGAUAUGAUGAGGAUGGGCUUGAAUUCUUUGAAUCAGAUGAGGGAUUGUUUCGUAUUCCUGGUUUGGACAGAAACGAAGAUAUUCUAAUGAUUCAGUAUUCUGAUCCUGAUCCGUCUGGAUCUGGGCCUCUUGUUCCGUGGAACACCAAUACAUUCCCACUGCCAUUUGGAAUUUUUGAGGAGCCUAUGAAUGGAAAUGAAAACACAGCUUUGCAUCCGAUCACUCCAAGUCAUCCGUUAUUGAUGGCACGUCACAAUCUAGAAGUAGGAAGUAUCACAAGUUCACGGGCCCAGCGUGCCAAUCGGCAGCGGCGAUACCACUUUUUCCAACCGAGCCCUCAGAACCCAAACCCACCUGUGAUACUUCAGAGGCUGUUGGGGCCAGCGGCUCAUGACCUCCCUGCUUCAGCAAGCCAGGCACUUGCUUCAACCUUCCGUGAUACGAGGGUGGUAGUCAUGGAUAAUGGAUUGGGGAUCUUAACCAACUCAGAAGAAGAACAAAUAGAUUUUGUGGACCAGUCCGGUUAUCUGUUUGGCCCGAGCUUGGCUGCCACAUUAAACAACAUACCCACUGCCCUGCACUGGUGGACAGAGGAGUGCAAGCUUUUGGAUGGGGAUUCUAGCGCUGAUUGUGUGACCGGUGUGGUGCAUGAGUUGGUGGCCCAUCUAGAAAAGUUGCGUGAUGAGGAGCUUGCUGAAAGGAGAGAGAAGCGUAAGAAACAGCAAGAAGAGGAAGAGACUAAGAAAAAGAAAACAGAAGAAGGUGGAAGGAAUGAAAGUGGGGAAGUUGCGAUGGAGGUCGCCUUUGGCAACGAUCAAGCCGCGCAGUUGGGCGUCGUGGACAGUCACACAAGUUGUUCAGGCACUGGUAUUGCUGCAGCUGCGGCAGAUCUUGCUUCAGCUACGGGGAACUUAGCCGAAUCCAUCGUGGACUCUGUUCUGCGGCCUGCCAUGAGCCUUAGUGGCAUUUCUCCUGCCACAGCAUCAUCAUCUGUCACCAGUGAAGGUGAUGCUCAACAGAAUCUGAGUCAGCAGCAUACAAGUGAAGACCAAGAGAUGGAGCAUGGGCCCGUAGAGGUUCGAGCUGGUGUUAGUGAAGCCCCAGACUUUUCAGAACUUACUACAGGACUCCUGAGUUCUCUAUCAGAAAUUCUUCCAUCUGUCACAGCAACACAGAUGGCACUGAGUGGUAUAAGUCAAGAGACUGAAUCUGAAUCUUGCCCUGAGGCAUCGUACGAGUCUUCCUAUCCAAACAGUGCUAGCAGCCUUGACUCAACUCAGCUAGGCUCAAUGCUGGCACAGAGCUGCAACACUGUAACACCUGCUCCUAUCUCCUCGUAUAGUAGGGAUGCUGGGGAGGAUGGUGAUGAAGCAAGGAGCCCCCCACAAGGGACUGUGUCUGUUCAUAGUGGACGUGCAGAGGCAGAUUAUGACUCGGAUAACUCAAAUCUGAAUUCUGUUUCUGGACCUCCACCGUUGAUUCCACUUGAAGAGGUUGUCAACAUGGAAAUAACUGAGGCUGCAGAUGAGGAGGAGGAGGAUGAUGAUGAUGAAGAGGAGGAGGAAGAAGAUGACGAGGUGCCAGUUGCCUAUCCGCAUCAGAGUGCCUCUCACACGCUUCUUGAAAGCAUUCGUAGGGCGGGACGUGCCCCACGAAAUCUUCAGGAAGCUGUGGACAUGGUUUCUUUUGAAUCCACUGACAGGCUGCUGAAUGAAAUGGAAGACGCAGAAGCAGACAUAUCAAGACUGGAAAUGGUCAGAGAGUUGGAAGACAUCCAGAGUGCAGUCUCUAAUGGAGUUCACAAUCCAGUGAAUGGAUCAGAGUCAUUGGACCUUGAAGCAGCUGCAUCCUGGCUGAGGUCUCAUGUUGAAGCACGGGUGUCCCAGCAGCAGAGAGAAGGUGACAUACCAGAGCAGUCUUCCUGUCUCCCAUCCCAGCCACAGUAUGACUCCGGGAGCCACGGAAUUGUACCGGAAUUUGAAAACAGUGUGAACACCAGAGGCAGUGAAACACCUCCAUUACCUGGGAGCAGUAGUGGAGAGCCAGUAUCUGCAAACAGUGAUUUGGUUCCAGAGAUUCCAGAGGGCGUUGAUCCCUCAUUCCUUGCUGCUUUGCCAGAUGAAAUGCGGGAGGAAGUGAUCGCAGAGCAGCUGAGGCUGCAACGUUUGCGACAGAGAGCACAGCAGCAGUCAACUGAAGCUGCUCCCCCAAGUGUGACAGAAGUGAACCCUGAGUUCUUGGCUGCUUUGCCACCAGCAAUCCAGGAAGAAGUGUUGGCCCAGCAGCGACUAGAGCAGCAAAGGCAAGCUGCCGCUGCGGCGAAUCCAAAUGAUCCGGUAGAUGCAGCAGCAUUUUUCCAUAACCUUCAGCCUUCAUUGAGGCAGGCAAUCCUGACUGACAUGGAGGAUUCGCAGAUAUCUGUUCUUCCACCUGACCUAGCUCAAGAGGCGCAGAAUCUCCGCCGUGAGUGGGAGACUCGUAACCGACAGUUGAUGCAAGAACGCUUAUUUGGUCAUGUCAGCCACAGUAGCAGUGCUUUGUCGUCAAUCCUUCGAAGCUCGGGCACUGGUCGUGUUGGCACAACAAGAUAUGCCAUUCACACUGUACCACAGCGAGCCCAAUGGGGGGCGUGGAACUCGCGUCAAGAGGCCCAUCCAGGCCUUAGUGCACUCUCAUCAGGAAAUUUGAGGUUGCGAGGCAGGCAACUCUUGGAUUAUGAAGCAAUGUCAUGUCUCUUGGUUCUGCUGUUUGUGGAUGAGCCAAAACUCAAUACAGGGCGACUCCAUCGAGUGUUACGCAAUUUGUGUUACCAUGCUGCCACAAGGGAGUGGGUCAUAAAGGCUUUGUUGUCUAUUAUGGAGAAGUGCAAUGACUGCAGAAUUACUGAGAGCUUGGUCCUGCCCAAGCCGAGACGGAUGUCAACCCGAUCACAGCCUCACCCUGAAACGGCUGUUCGGAAUACGCAGCCCUCAUGGCUGAACAUAAGCCUUGAUGCUGCACUUGGCUGCAGGGCCAGUGUGUUUACUAUUGUGAAGCAGCCUGGAAAACGUGGCAAGAGCCAAGAUGCAGCGAAUGUUACAAUUCACCCACAGGCAGCUCCCAUCGUGUUCAGGCAUACUCUCGAAGUGUUAAUAUCUUUAGCGAAGAGCUUUCCAGGUUAUUUCUUGCCUCUGAAAAGUAAAGAUGAGUGCAAAUACAAAGAUACUUCACCACCGAGAGAAGUGAGGUUAAAGUUGUCUCCAGGAUCAUCAGGUAGUGGGGUGUCUAGAGCUAGUCGUACAGAUGGGACCAGUUUUUGGGACAUGUUGCUCAAGUUGGACUCUGUUACUUCUACAAAGAAGGGGAAGAGUGUGGCUCGUGCACACAGUGCUUCGGCUCUGUCAUCAGAGUCUGAUGGACAAGCUCCAACAUUUGAGACCUCAGCAUUUGGACAACUUUUGGCGAUGCUAGCAUCUCCUGUUGUGAAGCGCAGCUGCCUCUUGACAGACAAGUUACUUCGAUUGCUAUCCCUCAUCUCUAUCGGACUGCCUGAAGUUAACCCGUACGUUCGAAGACGCGACGGAAGUAAUGCGAAGAAACCUGAGGAAAAGAAUGAAAGUGUACCAGUUUCUGAACAACACCUAAAACUUGCCAUAGAUGUCCUCACUUCAAAGAGCUGUUCAGAAGAGGGUCUGGAGGAUGCAACGGCACUCCUCCUCAACAUGGCCAAUUGUCCUGACCCUACAAAGGACACGGUAAAUAUUUUGCUUCUGUUAUUGAAUGGAGCAAUGGAACUUGCAAACAUGGUGAAUGACCACAUUGCUGCACUUUUGCAAGAACUGAAAUUAAUGAAUAGGCAUCUAAGGAAAGAUGACUGUGAUGAGACAUACAUGAUGGAUCGUCCUCCUAAGGGAGUGGUACAUGACAGGUUCACAAAGGACAGUGUCAUUGUGACAGCACCUUCCAAAGUUAAGUCUGGAUGUGACCUGCAGUUGCCAUCCAUGGCCACACUCACAAGCAAGACCUCGAGUCAGGCUUUCUUCCUGAGAAUUCUGAAAGUAAUUGUUCAGAUUCGAGAAUCAGUGCGACUUGCACACAGAAGAAACAGGGAGAAUAGUGAGUCACUUGACUACUUCCAACAAGGCGACAGCUCGGCCGAUGAGGGAGGCGCAGCCACUGAAGAGGCGAUGCCGGGUUCAGCCUCAGCCAUGGAUACUAGCAGUCCUAGCACAGUCACAAACCACAUCCAACAUGCCUCAUCUAAUCCAGAAAACCUACCUGUUGAACCUUCGGCAUCAAGUCAGGCUGCGGUUCAAAGACAGGAUUUUCAGGCACAAGAUCUUGAGCCUGAUCGUGCAGUAACCAUGGGAGGUGUCUUGGCACCUGGGACCGUUUCUGCAGUGCCCCCAACCUUAGCUGCCUCGUCAGCUAGCACACUUGAUGUCAACCCUGACACUGACACUCGUCAGCAGAAAGAAGAAGAGGUGGUGUUGCCGACACUCAGUGAGCAGCUGACCCUCGACAGACUGUGGGACACCUUAAGUUCUUGCUUACUAGAGCUUGCAGACACUCCAGACCACCAUGCUGUCCUUGUGCUGCAGCCAGCUGUAGAAUCAUUCUUCCUAGUUCAUGCAACAGCUGCUGAAGAACAUCGAUUAGCAGCGUAUGAUGGACGUGAUGGUCGGAGUGUACGUGAGCAGCGCACACGUGAAAAUCCUGCCCCACCAGAGGUGGCAGUCAUCCAGCCAGAUGUGGCACCUGUGUCUGACUCAGAUGGGAACUCCACUACACAACCCUCCCCUGUAUACCUCAACUUUAACUGGGAAGUCACACCGUCUCCUGUGACACUUCCUCAUGAUCAACAGAAGUUCCUCAAGUUUGCAGAGACUCAUCGGACAGUAUUGAAUCAGAUUCUUCGCCAGUCUACAACACAUCUAGCUGAUGGUCCGUUUGCUGUUCUGGUUGACCACACUAGAGUGUUAGACUUUGAUGUAAAGCGGCGAUACUUCAGAUCAGAAUUGGAGAGAAUGGAUGAAGGUAUCAGACGCGAAGAAUUGGCAGUCCAUGUCCGUAGAAGUCACGUAUUUGAAGACUCGUUCCGGGAACUUCACAGGCGAAGUGCUGAUGAAUGGAAGAAUAGGUUUUACAUUGUGUUUGAAGGUGAAGAGGGCCAAGAUGCAGGUGGUCUGCUACGGGAGUGGUAUGUGAUAAUAUCACGAGAAAUAUUCAACCCGAUGUACGCUCUGUUCACGACGUCGCCCGGAGAUCGUGUGACGUAUAUGAUUAACUCCUCAUCACACUGCAACCCAAAUCACCUGUGCUAUUUCAAGUUUGUUGGCAGAGUCAUUGCAAAGGCAAUUUAUGACAACAAGCUUCUUGAGUGCUACUUCACACGGUCAUUCUACAAGCACAUCUUGGGAAUCCUUGUCAAGUACACUGACAUGGAAAGUGAGGACUACAGCUUCUAUCAGGGUCUUGUGUACCUGAUGGAGCAUUAUGUGAGCGACUUGGGAUACGACCUUACGUUCAGUGCAGAAGUUCAGGAAUUCGGGGUAACAGAAGUCCGUGAUCUGAUUCCAAAUGGGCGCAACAUUCAAGUAUGUGAGCAGAAUAAGAUGGACUACAUCCGUUUGGUGUGCCAGAUGAAGAUGACUGGAGCCAUUCGUAAACAGUGAGUCUCUUGUAACUAAACACGUAUACAAGUUUCAUAUGUUUACUUGUAAGUGACGUUUGUAGCUUGGUUCUUGGUUUCCUUAUUGUGUGAUAUAGUCUUUGCACAGUCAUCUUGCCCCUCCAACAAGUGUUGGACCAGUUGACAGAUUUUUAUGAAACUUGGUGCUGACAUUGCGACACUACAUUUGCAAGUGAUUCUUGUUUCAAAGCCGCGUCCUAGAUUUCACUAUCCUCGCUGUGCUAGGUGACCUCUAUAAUUCAUGUAGCUCCUCGUUAUGUAAUCUUCUAAAAUCCCUACUUAUUUCAUCCUUCCUAGGUCCA